CAAGAAGCGUCUCGAUCAUGUCUGGAAGAGGCAAAGGCGGUAAAGGACUCGGGAAAGGAGGCGCUAAGCGUCACCGUAAAGUGCUGCGCGAUAACAUCCAGGGAAUCACCAAACCCGCCAUUCGUCGUCUCGCUCGCCGCGGCGGAGUCAAGCGUAUCUCCGGUCUGAUCUACGAGGAGACCCGCGGGGUGUUGAAGGUCUUCCUGGAGAACGUUAUCCGCGAUGCCGUCACCUACACCGAGCACGCCAAGAGAAAGACCGUCACCGCCAUGGACGUAGUGUACGCGCUCAAACGACAGGGACGCACCUUGUACGGCUUCGGAGGAUAAACGCCUUCAGUCUCCACAAACACAACGGCUCUUUUAAGGGCCACCCACACUCUCACACAAAGAGACAAACAUGAAAUUAUUAAUGCGUAUUUAUUACGUUUUGAGCUACGUGAUUUCAGACAUUGUAAGGCACAACCUCUUUAACAGAAUAACCCAUAGUAAGAUCACUAACUUUCCAACAAUAAGGGGGCUGUAAGUUUACUCAUAAAUGGGGAAUAGAGCAUUUUAAAGUCUGUGUUCUGUAUGGCUUAAAAUAACGUAACCAAACCAAAUUGUAAAUACUAAAUUUCACUGGAAACUAGUUUAAAAAAACGUUCUAACAUCACGACAUUGUUCAAUGUGAUAAAACUAAACAAAUACUUUCACUGGAAAUUAAUUAAAAAACAUUCAGACAAAUCACUAAAGUAAAGGGGUGUUCAAUAGUUUCAGGAAUAAAAGAACAAACUAAAAUAUUUUCUUUAGAAAUGAUCCUGUGGAUAUGUUCUGAAUAUAAUUUAUAUUUAGUGUUUUUAAAUUUGGGGCAAUGAGUUAAAACAGCUUCUUAACACAGAACCGAAAAAUGCGAAAAUCA